AUGAAUUAAUAAAAAAUUCUAUUAAAAGAACAAAUUGGAGUUGGCUUUUCAAGCAAUCUGCAUCUAUGUGAUUAUCAAGGCAAAUAAAGUGUAGUAAAGAUUUACAAUAUAAAUUAUCCAAAUAAAUUCAGAAUGAAGGAAAUCAAAAUAUUGAAAAGUCUAGAUCAUCCCCAUAUCUUAAAGAUGGUUGAUCAUGAUCCUGAUUACAACUACAUAAUUUUUGAAUAACUUAAGACUGAUUUUUUUACAAUAGUUGAAAAUUACAAUAAAUUGGAUGUUAGAGCAGUGAAAUAAAUCCUUCUAGAUUUAGGUAAGGCUAUCCAAUACCUUCAUAAACUUGAUUAUGUUCAUCGAGACAUCAAAUUACAAAAUGUCAUGCUUAACAACCACUUACAAAUCAUAUUAAUAGAUUUUGGUUUUGCUGAUAUUGUAGAUGACUAAAAUGAUAGCAUCAGGAGUUGUGGAACAUAAAAUUAUAUGUCACCAGAAUUACUAAUUCCCUAAAAAUAUAUAAAAUCAAAUCUGUUAAAAAAAUCUGACGUUUUUGCAUUGGCUGUCCUAAUAUUCACUCUCUAUUUUGGAUUUCCUCCAUUCUCUAAAGCCACUGUAGAAUGUCCCUAUUGGAGGUUUAUAACUUAAAAUAACUGGGAGACAUUUUGGAAAAUAGUAAAUAGAAAUUCUAAAUUAAAAGACAUUUUAUUUUAAGAAUUAUUUGAAAAUAUGAUAUCACCUAAUCUCGNGAAAAUAAAAUAAUUUAAUAAAGGUCUACACAAUUUACCUAAACCUUUAAAUGUGACUGAAUUAGCAAAAAUACUAGUACAGAAAUCAAUCAAUAAACCUGAAAAUAAAAAUGCCUAAAAACAGGGAUCUAGGAAUCAAAUCAAUCAUUCUCAUAUAAGUCUUAAGGAAGUUAUUCUGAAAAGAAAAAGCAGCAUAAGAAUAUGUCAGCGAUCUUAAUGUCAAGAUCACAAAAAACAAUAUUGA